UCUGCUUCUCUCUCUCCCAUCCUCAAACACACUCAGACCCUCUAGUCUCUCACACAGCCGCAAACCAACGGCUGUAAUCCAUCGAUCUGCUCUCUACACCAGCGUAUGCAGAGAAGAAAAAAGGUGACACAUUUGUGACACAGCAGCAUCAGUACCGCUCUCAUGCAGCGCUUCAUACUUCCUCUCCUCCUCAUCCUUGGGGUGAGGAGUGGACUCGGGACCCCUCUGACAUCAAGCCCCAGCCCAACUGAGGCCCCCAGCGUGCCGCCGGACCCCUGCGAGGGCAGACCCUGUCUGAAUGGGGGCGUCUGUGGUCGGGUGGGAGAGAUGGAGGAGAGUCAGAGCAUACAGAUGCAGUUGGACUUCUGGGCUUAUACAUGCAUCUGCAGCCAGGGGUUUACUGGGCAGAACUGUGAGUUUUUUGCAGAUCCAUGCGCCAGCAGCCCCUGUCUCCAUGGCAACUGUAGUCAGGACAGCGAGGGGGAUGGGUUUGCGUGCGAGUGUAGCGAGGGUUACAGUGGUGUCCGCUGUGACCUGCCAACCUUGACCUUUGACCUCUCCGAGUCCACCUGGGACCUCGCGGAGAGCCUUGUAGCUGAACACGCCACGCCGGCCACUCCGGCCACACCCGCGACCACCACUCAAGUGUUUCAGCCAACCACAGUCCCCACCACUACUCAAGCUCCGCCCACCCUGGAGCCAUGGAAACCUAAACCAGGUCAAAAAGUGGUGGAGAUACUGUGGGAGGAUCAGCAGAUUACUGAUGAAGCUGAAUGUGUGAGUACCGCAGGAGGCGAGUCUGCCGGAAUGAUGACCGUUUCCAUGGAGGUCGCCGAGGAAACGGCUGUGAAGUUGGUGGGUAACGUGAGCGGCUCUGCUGUACUGUGGCGUGUAGGUGAGGCUGGUUAUGAGCAGUGCUCUGUUGCAGAUGGCACAAUCAUGUGGUUCCAGCAGAGCUCAGAUGGCCUGGUGCUGCCAGACCAGUCCCUGCCGUUCGGACACAACUACUUCAUCAGUGUGCUGCACGUCGGUGCACCCUCUGGUCCAGAAGUCACUUUAAGGCUGCAUCUCAUGGUAAAAACCAAUAACUGUAUUGAGCCCGGCAGUGGAUUCAGUGACCCACAAUGCUCUGGGAAAGGGAAAUGCAUCACCCAGUCUUCUGUGGACACAUUUUACUGCCAGUGUGAUGAUGGGUAUUCUGGGAUCUUCUGUGAGGAGUUUGACGCAUGUCACCUGAAGCCCUGCGAGAACAAUGGCACCUGUGCUGACCUCAGACAGAGAGAUGAAGGACAAAACUACAGCUGCACCUGCCAGACAGGUUUUGAAGGAGACCGUUGUCAGUCGUUGGUGGAUCACUGUGUGUCUGGACCCUGCAGGAACGGAGCCACUUGCUCCAGCAGUCUAGAAGGGCCUCACUGCUAUUGUGCUGAAGGCUAUCAGGGUGCCAUGUGCGAGCAGAAGAUUGAUCCCUGUGCUUCCGGGCCCUGCCACAAUAACGCCAGCUGCUCCCCACAGGGCUCUGGUUUAGGCUACAGUUGCACCUGUCCUGCAGGCUUCACCGGACCCACCUGUGCCCAGCUGGUGGACUUCUGCGCCCUCAACCCAUGCGCUCACGGCAUCUGCCGCAGCGUCGGUACUAGUUAUAGGUGCCUGUGCGUACCAGGUUAUCAUGGUCUGUACUGUGAGGAGGAGUAUAAUGAAUGCUUGUCUGCUCCCUGUCAGAACUACGCCACAUGCAGAGACCUGAUCAAUGCCUACGAGUGCAUCUGCGCCCCACAGUUCACAGGUAAGCACUGUGAGAUAUAUAAAGACCCCUGUCUGAAGCUCAGGUGCCAGAAUGGAGGACAUUGUGAAAGUGGAGGAAGAAACGCAUCCUGUGUGUGUCCUCCAGGAUAUAUGGGUGAGAACUGUGAGGUUGACGUCAACGAGUGUGAGAGUAACCCCUGUCACCAUGGCGGCACCUGCAUCGACCAAUCAAAUGGCUACACCUGUCAUUGUCCUCCCGGCUGGGUUGGCGGAAGCUGUGAAAUCCAUCUGCAGUGGAAGAUGGCUCAGCCUGUGGAUUCACUGACCAACAUGCCUCGUCACUCUCUGUACAUAAUUAUCGGAGCUCUGUGCGUCGCUUUUGUCUUGAUGCUCAUCAUCCUGAUCGUUGGCAUCUGUCGCAUCAGCCGUAUUGAAUACCAGGGCUCGUCCCGUCACGCCUACCAGGAGUUUUACAACUGCCGCAGUAUUGACAGCGAUUUCAGCAAUGCUAUCGCCUCCAUUCGCCACGCAAGGUUUGGGAAGAAAUCUAGACCUGCGAUGUAUGAUGCGACUCCCAUCAGUUAUGAAGAUUACAGCCCUGAUGACAAGCCUCUAGUUGCACUCAUUAAAACUAAAGAUUUGUGAGGCAAUACAUCAGCACAUACACACACACACCGCAUACACACAGCCACUGUUCCAGCCUUUAAAAUGAGCCAACCCGUUCAGUAUUUAUUUCCAGAGAAUAGGUUUAAAAAAUGAAAAAAUCAUUUGAAAUUGAUAUAUUUUACCAUUGCAAACCAUGAAGCUUUUAAUUAAUAUCAGGCACAAGGGGUGCUGCACAGAAUUAGUUUAAUGGAAUAGUUCCAAACAAAUGUACUUUGUUUGCGGACGGAAAUGUUUCGUGGAAUAUGAGUAAAUUAAUAACAAACUACAUUGCAAAAUGUGCGUGAGGGGGGUGUUCAACCGAACCCUGCCACCCUCUAGACUCUGAUUACAAAUAUGAUAGCAGCACUCCAAAGCAAAAUCUGUAGAAUUAGGAGUAAUAGAGCUCAUAGCACAGUUAAACUGUAACUUUAUACAGAUGAAUUAAAAGAUAAGAUGAUGUAGGUUGCCUUACUGGUGCAUGGAUAGGAUCAAUGGUUUGGCAUUACUCUGUAACCUUAUGUACAUUGUUGUUUGCUGUUUAUUUCUUCUUGUUCAUUGUGGCCUCUUUUGUGUCAUAAACUUGGUGUUAGCAAAGUCCUACGAUACCACUGUCCAUGUGAAGGCAGCACAAGUGCUUUUGUAAGUAAUAUUUGAUGGUGUCGUUUCACUGAGUAAGUAAUAAACUAGGACUCCUGUUUAUAGUAUUUUAUGGAAUGUAACUUAAAGACAUCUCUGUUCCAGUACAUCUUUAAAGCUCCUUAAGAUGCGGUCACAUUUACCGCUGCUCUGCGAAAUUUCACGGGUGAAAUCCAGUCAUUUCAAAAGGAAUUCGUGCAGUUGGGACUCUUUUGACUUUAAGUAACCAUCCAGAACAUCCUAGCAACCAGUAAUUCGUACAGUUGGGAGUUCCACGUUCCCGAUGCAGAUUUCGCUUGUUUUCAGGUUGAUCACACGAAUUCUAACAGAAAGUUGCUUGCUUUAAAAGGGACAUUCAUACAUCGCCACGAUAUUAGCAAACAACCUUUUUUGGCUGCAAAAUCUCACCUAAAUUUCGCUAAUGUGACUGCAAAUUACCAGUGAGUGUCAAAAAAAACCAAUGAGUCCAUUUACUCGGAUAGCAAAAUGCUAAUAACCAGUGUGGGGGUAACGCAUUACAAGUAACUUCAGUUACGUAAUCAGAUUACUUUUUUCAAGUAACUAGUAAAGUAACACAUUAUUUCUUCAAUUUACAACAAAAUAUUUAAGUUACUUUUUCAAAUAAGUGACGCAAGUUACUUUUUCCACAUUUAUUGACUGAUACCUCUCCUGUCCGCAUGUUGAAAGAAAUGACGUGAUGUGUUACGGGUACUUUGGUGUUGACGUCCACAUGUAAAUAGACAUGCGCAUAUUGAAUAAACCGCCAGAACACCAAUAAAAUCGGAGUAAUGAGCAAAAAUCUAAGUGUGCCAGUUAGUUUUUUGACUUUUACCCGAUAAUAGGACACAGCGUAUGGCAUUUACAUGGCCUUACAUGUUGUCAGGUUGUUAAGCAUAAUCAGUGUAAGAUUGAAACGCAAUGGAAAAAUUGAGAACUGAAAAUGCUCCCUACGUAAUGGAAGUUGUAGAGAAAAUAAUGUGCACUGAGAAUUCUUAGGAAACUUUGAAACUUUCAAACCGUACAGAAUGUUUACUGGCAUAGAAACAGACUUAAAAAUAGCAGCCAAGAAUAAGAUUACCUUCCUCAUUAGUAUCUGCUGAGACAUUAGUGAGCUCACGGUAAGAGUACUGGAACAAGAGAAGUGUCUCUGCCAGGUCCUGGAGUCUGGUUAAGACCAGCAUAUUUCUGCCGCUCGCUUCUGGUGUUCCUGCAAUGGGUUCCAGCUCUCUUUCUCUCUCUUCAUUUGCAUCUGGCUGGAGUGGUACUCAUAAGAUGUUUUCAUUCUACCCAUCUCUCUUGCUCUUAUCUUCCAUAUCUGCUCCUACUUAUACUCAUUGUAUUCCUAUGGUUAUCCUCUUGCUUAGUAUAGAUGGGUAGAAGUUUCCCUCUGUAGCUGAUCUGAAACUAGUUUUGAUGCCUUUUAAUGGCUGAAAUAAAAUGAUAGUUUGACUAAAAUGAAUAACACUGGAUAGUCUUCACUGUAUAAAUUAUACAUAGAUGAAUCCCUAUUAAAGUUACAAAAGUUAUUCAGUCAAGAGCAGUGAGUGAUUUUUUUUUUCUUUGUUUUUAAUGUUAACGAACCAACAAAAGACAAACACAGACAGCAGCAGGUUUAUUAGUCUGCUGUCACUUUAAGGCCUAAUGCACAGAUCCAGUACUGUCUCAUACUGUACAAGUGUUUUAUUUCUCAACUGUUUACGUUCACUUAAGACAUAAUCGACUGUUUACUAGGAUAGUUUCCCUCUGUAGCUGAUCUGAAACUAGUUUUGAUGCCUUUUAAUGGCUGAAAUAAAAUGAUAGUUUUACUAAAAUGAAUUUCCCUUAUGUUGUUCCAAACUGGCAUUUUCUUUAUUCUGUGAAACACAAAAGGAGUUAUUUAAGUGAAUGUUAAGCUGCUCUUUUCCUUGCAAUGAAAGUGCUCGAAAAAAACAUGUCUAUAUGAUGCACUAUAUUCAAGGUAAUCUGAAGCCAUGUCAUAAGCAGAUUGAAAGCAAGGUGUUUACCAAAAAUCUGCCAUAGCUUUCAAAUCUCAUUCAUGUUUGUGAGUAUUGAAACAUUGUGCCAAGUUUGGUUUGAAUGAUAUCGUAAAUGAUUCUUAUGGCUGAUCUCAUUUAAUGUUUUGAAUUGAAAGAAAGGGUGAAUGAGAUUAGGCGCUAUAGUGGAUUGACAUUGAUUGUAUGACUUUUUGGCACUUUUACUGUGUUUUUGUCCAUUUUGGAGCUUGACAAUAUAUCACGGUUAGGGUUGCAUAGAGGCUGAAAAUUUCUGCUAAAUUUUCAGAAACUUUCCAAAAGUUUCCGAAAAUUUCCCAAAAAUCCUGUAAAGUUUAUGGAAACUUUGCAAUCCUAAUCACAAUUCACCUUUGUUUUAUGGAAAAGAGCAGCUUGGACAUUUUUCAAUUAUCCUGUUUAAGUGUCCUACAGAAGAUAGGAAAUGAGCAUCAUGAGGGUGAUUUAUCUUUAGGUGAAUGAACUCUUUAAUGCUGUUGGUGUUAUAAACUGGUCUAGGAUCAGUACUGAAGGGGAGCUUCUAACCCAAGCACAGUUUUUGUUAGAUAAAAGAUAACACCCAUUUGGUUAUAUAUGUGGAAUGAUGUAUACUAAUAAAAGUUCAAGUGAAACCCUAAA